GUACGACCGAAUCUCCAUCGCGGCCAGCUGCAGCGGGAGGGUCGCAGAGAAGCUGCAGUGGGAGAUGGAGCUCCGAGAGGACAUUCUACCAGAGGCCUCGCGAUCAGAGCGCAUUGGGCCCAGCGUCGGAAGCGUCUCGGGUCUGCUCCUCCUACUACGAAAGAGGAUCCAACACAGAUGGGAUCGUCCGUUUAUGGAUGAGACGUCCUUUGGUCUGCCCAGAGAUUGGAAGCGAGAAGAUCGGAACCUGCCGGAUGAGGAUGAGGUUGAGCUGCCCCGUGCCCUGAACCUUCGACGUCUCAACAGCAGAAGCCUGGAAGAGGCUGCCAAAGCCUCGGUCCUCGUCGUCGCCAUGCGAUAUCCCUGGUGCACAGCCUGCGAGGAGAAGGACAAGGCCUUCGUAAAGGUGAGCAAGGUAGCAGGUGCCAAGGAGGAGUUUGCUGAUGUGGUGUUCGGAGUCUUGGACCUCCGGGAGGAAAAGGACCUUGCCAGGAGCGUAUGGGAAGACGGCUUGCACCUGUGCCUCAAGAGCAAAUGCCCUCUUCAUGUCUUCAAGCCGGACGAGCCCCUCAAUGAGCCCUACACAUUUCAAGUGCAACUGCUCUAUGAGAUGGAUGAGGCAGCCAUGAUGGGAGACCCGAUGGCAGGAAUGCCGGGUCACACUCCCAAGGGCCAAACUACAAAGCCCAACUUCGACCGCUUUGAGCGGGACCUUGCCUUGCUGAUGCCCAGGGCCGUCUCUGACCUCUCCAAGACCAGCGAAGUUCCGGAGUUUCGACGGCGAUGGGAUACAGCUGUCAUCGGAGCCGGGGUGAAUGCAACCGCCUUCCGCCACGCAGCUCGGGAGCUGAGGGGGACGGCGGCUUUUGCAAUGGAAGCAACAGGCCCACUCAGAAGCUCCUCUAUCCAGCUCUGGAGGUCGGAGGUCCGAGCUGACACUCCGGCGAUUCCUUUUGAUGGUAGCCUGUCGCCUUUGAACGCGACUUACCUGGCACACUUCGCGCGCGUGCACGCGCAGCCGAUGCUGCAAAAUUACACUUGGGACUUGAGGGAUCAACUAGGAGCAAUCGGGAUGCCCGUGGGAGUUCUCUGGGUGAACUACUCAGAUACGAACAACACGAAUGCCACCACCGCUGCUCUUACGGCAUUUCGCAGCCUUUGCAGCAAGCGCCGAGGCACCAACGCCUCGCAGCACAUUCUUUGCUGCGUCAUGGACCAGUCCUAUUCCUACUACCAGCGCGAGUAUGGCAGCCACGAGCCCUAUCCUUUCCCCUUCUUCGGUGUUACCCGCAAGUUAGGAUUUGGCGCCGGGGACCGGUACGGUUACCCCUUUAAGGAGCCGGUGAACCGCACGGUGCUCGGCUUCUUUAGCAGCCCGAAGCGGGCCACAAGGGAGAUGUCCUCCUGGGUCGGGCGAGUGUUGGCCGGUCGUGUGCCGCCCUCUCACGAGUCUGGUCUCGUGACCAACAGCUCCAAGUGGCUACGUGGCCAAGUCUUAGACGUGGUCUGGAAGACCUACCAAAGAGAGAUUAAUGGCAGCACCUCUGAUGUGCUUCUGGAGCUCUACGACGACCAACGCAAAAGACAGCACGUCGCAUCUGCUGUGAUGGAUGUCCUGGCAAAGACCCUGAAGGACUACGCCGACAUUAAGAUCGCUCGCAUGGAGGUGAGUCAGAACUACGUGCCUGCCAUCUUCGGACGGAAGCAGUUCUCCAAGGAGACGGAGUACUUCUGGAUUCCUCCAAGCAUCGCCACUGGAGAGUGGACGCCCGGAGUGCCUGUGAAGUAUCCAGGAGAGGCUGAUGAGGCGUCUCCUGCAAAGCUCCUGAAGUGGUUCAAGAAGCAGACCAUGUCGCGCUGGUCUUUGAAAGAAGCCCUGGAGGUCUCCUCCGACAUCUCUGAGGAGGUUAUGGGCUACGCGAAGCUCCAGCAGCAAGCGGACGACCGGGCAGAGGAGGACAAGCAACAGAUGAUCAAGAAGAUGAUGACCACGCUCAAGAAGGAGAAGGGCAUGGUGGACGUUGGGGAGAUGAUGGGCUUGAAGAAGGCCGCAGAUGCUCUUGGAUCCGAGCCCUCGCCUCCAAAAGCUGGGAAAGGCAGGGCAAAAGCUCCGAAGCAGACUGACGAGCUGAGUGCAACAGAUGAAGAGCAGAAGAGGACAGCUCGCAGAGCGCAGCUGCAGCAGGAGGAGAAGAGGCAAAAAGACAUUGCCAAGAAAGACCGCGAGAAGCGGAAACGGCGGCUGGAGCUCGAGAAGCAGCGCCAGGUGCUUCCCGGAUACUUCAGAGGCAAGAACAUGAACAAGACACAGAUCAUGAUAGGGGGCGCGCAGCCGAGGUUCGCUUGGGGCCAGUCGAAGGAGCAGAUCCGCAUUUCUGUCGCCAUCCCGCAAGUAGACUCGGUGAAUGUCAGCCUGAAGAUAGACCAGGUUGACGUGCGAGCCCACGAUUGGCAAAGGCGGCCUUUCAUCCUCAGCUGCGAGCUUCGGGAGUUCGUUGCCCCCGCGAACUCCUCUUGGGCGCUGCGCAACUCAGAGGAGGUGAGCCCCCAACCAGACGGAGUUCUCAUCACGCUGCAGAAGGAGAUUCCCCAUCGCUGGGACCGCCUCGCGCAGAACCACACGGCGGUGAAAAACUUCCUCAAGAAAGACUGGGUCCAGGAUGAUGGGGACCUGGAGGAAGAACAUGAAGAGGUCGAGCUGCCCAGUGGUCAGAAUGUCAGAAAGGUCACAGCGGCGAGCCUGGAUCGCCUGCUGGAGCGGCACAGCCUGGUGGUCCUAGCUCCUCGCUUUCCAUGGUGCGACAAGUGCAAGGAGAAAGAUCGUGAGUUUACGAAAGCCGCGCGCCUGAGCCGUGACAAGGAUCACCUGGACAUGGUGGCGUUCGGAGCCAUGGAUGCGAGGGAAGAAAAGUAUUUCGCCAGAAGACACAAUGUGUCUUGCAGCGAUACUUGCGACCUUCUCCUGUUCAAGCAGGACGAGAAGACCGAACCAUAUCUGGUGCCAGGCCGCCGAUUUGCUGAAGAGGUGCAGAUUGAUUGCUACAAGCACCUGCUUCCGGUGGUCAGCGAAGUCGCGAACAAAACACAGUUUGACCGGGUCACCACUGCUUUCGACACUGCCAUCAUGGGCUUCUUCCACCUGGAGAAGAGCCAAGAUCCAUGGUACCCUCGCUUCCGAGCCGUGGCACGACAGCUGCGGGGCCACGCGCUCUUCGGGGCUGCCUUCAACGGCAGGCUUCCGCAGGACAUGGGCAUCGAGUGGGACUCCGAUUCAAGGCCCUUGCAGGAGCCGGGCGAAGAGGUCCAGCCGGCAAAGCCUUUGGUCCUGCUAUUCAAGCCGAAGGAGCAGAGGCAUGUGGAGUUCACUGGGGAACUGACCUUGGAAAAGCUGGCGCACUUCUCCAAGGUGCUAAGUCUCCCACUGAUCUCACAGUAUUCCCCCGAGGGGCGGCAGAAAUACCAAGAGCUGAAGGUUCCUCUGGGCAUGAUGUGGCUGGAUGGCGAAGGUGAGGAUGGAGAGGCCAACAAGGCAGCUACCGAGGUAUUGAAGCGCCUGGCUCUUCGAUUCUCUGGUCAUCUGGUCUUCGUGACGCUGAACAACACGCGGGAUGGGUUUCUAAUGCGACCCUUUGGUUUGGACCCACGGCGCGUGCCGGCCUUUGGCAUUGCUGCGGCCGAGGCCCCUGAUGCUGCCCGGUACGCGCUGGAUGAAACGUUCCGGAGCUGGGAUGAGCUGACUGGUUUCUGGCUGGACACGAGUCGGGCCUUUGACCGCAUCGAGUCUUGGUGCCACAAAGCGACGGUUGGCCCUGAACCAGUCUGGGUGGGCCCCCUUGACCUUGCAAGGGCCUACUGGGGCUUAAAAAUGUCUGCCUUCCGCAG